GUUGGCUUGAUGGUUGGACUUGAUGAUCUCUUAGGUCUCUUCCAACUCGUGUUUGCCAAGAGAAACCAAAACUGUGUGCUGGGGGAGAAACAUUUCUGCAACAAAAUCAAGCCAAAGCAGAGUAUGUUUCUCUUCUGGCAAGUGGAGUGCAGAGAGAGAGAGAAUCUGGGGUUUGAUGCCUAUUUUACCUCCCGCACCCUGGAGAACAACAGAAGGAACGUGUGGUUUGCAGAGUACUGGGAGGAGAACUUCAACUGCAAGUUAACCAUCAGUGGGUCAAAGAAAGAAGACACGGACCGUAAAUGCACAGGGCAGGAGAGGAUCGGGAAGGACUCGCCCUACGAGCAGGAGGGGAAGGUGCAGUUUGUCAUCGACGCCGUGUACGCCAUGGCCCACGCCCUGCACCACAUGAACAAGGACCUGUGCACGGACUCCCCCGGGCUCUGCCCCGAGAUGGAGCACGCGGGAGGCAAGAAGCUGCUCAAGUACAUCCGCGGCGUCAACUUCAACGGCAGUGCUGGCACUCCAGUGAUGUUCAACAAAAACGGUGAUGCCCCCGGGCGCUACGACAUCUUCCAGUUCCACACCACCAACACCAGCACCCCGGGCUACCGCCUGGUCGGGCAGUGGACAGAUGACCUCCAGCUCAACAUCGAUGAAAUGCAGUGGGGCAGAGGAGUGCGCCAGGUCCCGGCCUCGGUCUGCAGCCUGCCCUGCAAGCCUGGGGAGAGGAAGAAGAUGGUGAAGGGGAUGCCCUGCUGCUGGCACUGCGAGCUCUGCGACGGGUACCAGUACCAGGCCGACGAGGUGACGUGUCUGCUCUGCUCCUACAACGAGCGGCCCAACGAGAACCGCACGGGCUGCCGCUCCAUCCCCAUCGUCAAGCUGGAGUGGCACUCGCCCUGGGCCGUCAUCCCCGUCUUCUUGGCCAUGCUGGGCAUCAUCGCCACCAUCUUCGUCAUGGCGACCUUCAUCAGGUACAACGACACCCCCAUCGUCCGGGCGUCGGGGCGGGAGCUCAGCUACGUCCUGCUCACGGGGAUCUUCCUCUGCUACAUCAUCACCUUCCUGAUGAUCGCCAAGCCCAACGUCGCCGUCUGCUCCUUCCGGCGGAUCUUCCUGGGCCUGGGGAUGUGCAUCAGCUACGCCGCCCUGCUGACCAAAACCAACCGCAUCUACCGCAUCUUCGAGCAGGGCAAAAAGUCCGUGACUGCCCCCAGGCUCAUCAGCCCCACCUCCCAGCUGGCCAUCACCUCCAGCUUGAUAUCCGUUCAGCUUCUAGGUGUCUUUAUUUGGUUUGCGGUGGACCCGCCCAACAUCAUCAUAGAUUAUGAUGAGCAGAAAACUAUGAACCCUGAUCAAGCCAGAGGAGUUCUCAAAUGUGACAUUACGGAUCUACAAAUCAUUUGUUCCUUGGGUUAUAGCAUUCUUCUCAUGGUUACGUGUACUGUGUACGCCAUCAAGACUCGGGGGGUCCCAGAGAAUUUUAAUGAAGCUAAACCCAUUGGAUUCACUAUGUACACUACCUGUAUAGUAUGGCUUGCCUUCAUUCCAAUAUUUUUUGGCACUGCCCAGUCAGCCGAGAAGCUCUACAUACAAACCACCACACUUACAAUAUCCAUGAACUUAAGCGCGUCGGUGGCGCUGGGGAUGCUCUACGUGCCCAAGGUCUACAUCAUCCUCUUCCACCCCGAGCUCAACGUCCAGAAGCGCAAGCGCAGCUUCAAGGCGGUGGUGACGGCGGCCACCAUGUCCUCCAGGCUGUCCCACAAGCCCAGCGACAGGCCCAACGGCGAGGCCAAGACGGAGCUCUGCGAGAACGUGGACCCCAACA